GUAUCUCUGCUGGCUAGCUAAACUGACUUAUAGCUUGUAGCAGCGUCGCAAUCAGUUGCCUUAGUCCACCUGGAGCUGCUUCCUCCAUCGACAAACAAUUUCACUGCUCUCCAGACGGACUCACAAUGCUGUCAUACAUUAUCGGGUUGAUUCGAGGUGGCUUUGAUAGCAUCAUCAACCUCAUCUUCAGACUGUUGUUCUCCAAGAGGAGACCCGCCAUCACCUUAGAGGACCCCAACAUCAAGUAUGCGCUGCGGCUCAUUGACAGACAGAUUGUCAGUCAUGACACCAGGAAGUUCCGCUUUGCUCUGCCUUCUCCUGAACACGUCCUGGGGCUGCCUAUCGGACAGCACAUCUACUUGUCUGCCAGAAUAGACGGGAAGCUGGUCGUCCGUCCGUACACACCAGUGUCCAGCGACGACGACAAAGGUUACGUGGAUCUGGUGGUGAAGAUUUACUUUAAAGGCGUUCAUCCUAAGUUCCCAGAAGGAGGGAAGAUGAGUCAGUACCUGGAGAGUCUGAAGCUCAACGACACCAUCGACUUCAGAGGACCCAGCGGCCUCCUGGUUUACAACGGCAGAGGCGUGUUUGACAUUAAACCUGACAAAAAGUCUCCGGCCGACACCAAGAAAGCCAAACAUGUGGGAAUGAUCGCUGGAGGCACAGGCAUCACUCCCAUGUUGCAGCUAAUCACAGCAGUGAUGAAGGAUCCUCAGGAUAAAACCGUGUGUUACCUGCUGUUUGCCAACCAGACUGAGAAAGACAUCCUGCUCAGACCAGAGCUGGAGGAGAUCCAGGUCAACAACCCCGACCGGUUCAAGCUGUGGUUCACCGUGGACAGAGCGCCAGACGACUGGGAGUACAGCCAGGGCUUCAUCAGUGAGGACAUGGUGAGGGAACACCUGCCUCCUCCCAGCGACGACACCCUCAUCCUGAUGUGUGGACCUCCACCCAUGAUCCAGUUCGCCUGCGACCCCAAUCUGGACAAAGUGGGCCACUCCCAAAGCCGCAGGUUCACCUUCUAGAUGUCUGUCGUCGCAGAGGAAUGGAGGUUUGGAAGCACUCGUCUGGCUGCAGGGGUACUGCACUAUGUAUGCUAUAGAUAUAAAAUAUAUGCCAUGAUAUUCAUCUAAGGACAGGAUCACAGUUUGGACCAAUUCUAAUGUUGGUGUGAUGGAAGGACAGGGAGCAAAGUGAAGAGAUGAACUUGUUUGAAGAGUAUUCUGUUGUCUUGAAAAUGAGGAUGUGAUUCCUGAUGUGUCGUCUUGCUGUGGUCUCGUUGAGGUUAACCGGCUGUUUUCUGAGUGCCUUAACACCUGCAAAGCUUCAAACUGCUAUUCAUUAUUCCGUUACACCUGCUGUCACUUCACAGUUGUCAAUAUUUUUGCUAAAACGUGUUUGCUACUGGUUCUUUUCAGUGUAAUGAGGUCUUAUGUUUGUCUAUGCAACAAAGAAAUUGGCUACUGAUGUCUUUAUUAUUUUGUAUCACGAAGGCUUUGCAGAGCAAAUUCUAAAAUCAUGUUCAGAACUGUGUUGUAGUUGAGAUUCUACAAAAAAGCGAAGAAACUUUUUCUUUAUCAUUUUUAUUACCAAAAAAAGUCACACAUUGGUUACAUUUUUGUAAAAACUUUUGGUUUCCAUGUUUAUGUUGACAGAGCAGUUGGACAUUUUAGAAUCUAUGCUAAUGUUUAAGUAUGACACUAGAAUCAGGGGUGGUUAGCUUAGCAUGAAGAGUGUAGACAGGAGGAAGCUGCUAGCAUGGCUCCAUCAACGCAUUUUAACUCAUUUAUUUAAUCUGUGCAAGACCAAAGAUGUACAAGUAAGAAGUUGUGAUUUUAGGUAGAGUUAUGUGCUUUAACUAGUGAGUUCAACAAAUGAGAUGUAAUAUGUUGGAGCCAGGACAGCACUUCACCCUGUUUCUAGUCUACAUGCUAAGCUAAUAACCUCCUGGCUGUAACUUCACAUUUUAACAGGACAAUUUGAAGAGAAACAGGCAAGAGGACCAGCAUGGAGGGUGAACGGUGAACUUAAAAAAAUGAAUGUCAUGUGUGGAGUAGUUCUCUGCUGACAGGAAACUGAUUUUUUUAUUUUAUUUUUUUUGUCUAGGUCUCUUCAGCUCCACCACACUGUUGACAGAAAGUCAUUCUUGCCUCACAGAACAUGGGAGUUGCUGGGAUUUUGACCCGUUAAUUUGGAAUUUACCCAACAUUUUCUGCACGGUAAAAUGACUGUUUGUCAACACAGUGUGGUGGAUCUGAGUGGAGACACAACAACAAACAUUUAUACUAUAAAUGAUGGGGUGGUUAAGUAUGUCUUGCUGUUCACCUUUCAUGCUGGCUCUCCUGUCUGCUUCUUCAAACUGGAGGUGUACUGACUGUCAGUAACACACCAACUGUGCAGAAGUACAUCAUGCAAUCCGACUUCAAAGAAACUGAAUUCCCUCUGAAGCUGUGUGUAUUCGGGCUGCAACUAACGAUGAGUCGCCUGAGCACGAUACGUCAUCAACAGCGGAAGUGAGCACACAAUGCAACAGAAAUCACCGUCUGAGCAGAGUGUGGAACAGACGGCAUCCACACUGUAUCGUACAUGUUAUACAUUUACGAUACAGUGUGGAGGUCCGUCUGUUCCACACUCUGUUCAGACGGUGAUUUGUUGCAUUGUGUGCUCACUUCUGCUGUUGAUGACGUAUCGUGCUCAGACGACUCAUGGUUAGUUGCAGCUCUACUAUUUCUGCUGUUGAGUCUGCCGUGUGGAAAACACUCCUGGGAGUAUUUCUACUUGUCCUGUGCACUGGUGUGUUUCUUUGUUUACUUCAAGUAAUGGUGAUUGAGAUGGAGCAGAUCAUAUUGGAGUGAAUUAAUGUUGAACAAGAGUUACUGUUACUAAAAUGACUGCAGGGCAGAGAAGAUUUUGGAAAUGACUGAGUCUCUACUUGGACUGCUACAAUACUGACUCCUGUUUUUGUGUUAGUAACAUGCCAGAUAUGAUUACAUUUUAUUUAACUGAAGGAUUUUUUUGUCUGAAUCAAUAAGCUGUGUUUAUCUAACACAUUACUUCCAGUCAGGUCAACUGUAAGGACACAGAUUAAUUCAACUUCCUGCAUAGAUUCAGUGCAGAUAAGUCAUGCUGGAACCUGGGAUGCGUCUCUAACUUCAGAGUUAGAUUCCUAAAGUGGAACAAAAUGGGCUGUAAUUGUAUGUCUGAUCAUAAAGUGAUUCAUUAGUGCCACUGUAGUCAUUUGCUGUUUUUGUAGCUCUACUAGUCCAUGUACGGUCUCAGUCACUACCGAUGCCUUCUCUCUUUUUGCACAUUUAUUAACUUCCUCACUCUUUUAGUCUCUAUUGUUUGACGUACACAAAGAAACACAACAGCAGACUAUGAUGUAGACAUAAGUCAAGCCUAAGACACAGACAGGAGUGGUAUAUGUGGCUCAUCUAAUUGUCAUUAAGAAUAGAAACACAUUUCUACUUCUCCCUCCCAGUGAAGUCUUGCUCCAGAGAUAGUUCUGGUUUUACUGGUGCAGGUUUUGAAACUUCCACACCUCCAUCAUACUGGAGAGGUGACAGAAACUUCAAAACCUGCACAAGUAAAAUCCUGUCUACCUCUGUAGCUAGACUCCACUAGAAUGAACUAAUGUUGAAGGGAAUGAUGUAACUUCACGUACCACAAACAUGAAUCUGACUACAGCUGAGCCCCUAAAUAAGGGGAGGAGCGCUUAAAGCUUCACUCACUGAUUACUGAAUAAAAACCACAAAUGCUUGAAUAAUAAACACCCUCAUAAAUGUAGAAAGGGGUACAUUAAUGCUACUAAAUGUUUGCAUUUUCAGUUCAUGCAAUAUGUUUUGGACAACUUCAAUAAAUAUAUGGUCAUGAAAA